CAAGUAGUCAAGGAAGUACUAAGUUCAGUAGUGUGUGAACCUUGGACUACUCACAGUCACUACCAGCAGCUCGUCAGUGCGGUUUCAUUACGAUUACCGUAAAUGUUAAUAGAUUCGCGCACUAGAAAAAACGUGCGGCUGAUUUGACCAAGCAAACGCGAACCACGGCUGACUUGACCGCAGUGAUCAGACGUAGUAACUGCCAGGAGAGAAGGGACAACUUAAAAUAAUGGAUGUGGGAUCGAUAAAUAAGACCUACGUGUAUCUGUGGACCUGCAGGCAGUUUGAGCAGGAGCAGGUGGAAUGGGAUGACGUGAAUAAACUCCUCCAGCAUCAUGGUUUUAAGCCUGUGCACUUUGCUGAUCCUGUAGAGAAUAAACAACUAUCAGAUUUGGUUCUGCUGGACAAGAAGUCAGCUGGUGAGAUCAGGGCCACUCUAAGGACAAUGCUCAUGGACUCUGAGAGAAGGAAGGCUCUCAUCCAGGAGCUUGUCAAGUCCAACAACCAACUCAAAGAGGAGGUUCAGGAGCACAUGAGACGAGCGGUUUACCAGUCUCAGCGGGUCACAGACCUGGAGGGGUUGAUGGAUGAGGUAAAGGUCAGAGUCCAGGACAUGGAGGACCGCUACCUCAGCAUAACUAUCCAGCAUCACAGCCACACACAGCAACUUCUGCAGGAAAAACAAGAAGCACAAAAACGGUCUGAGGAUUUGGAGCAGGAGCUGUCAAGGCAGAGAGAGAAAAUGCCACAGCUUCAGAGGAAACUUCAUCUCAUCUUGAAAGAAGAGCAUCGAUUGGUUAAAGAAGACAAGAACACCACUGGUAUUAGAGAGUCCACUUGGAAAGCCAGAGAAUCCAGUUUAUGUGCCCACUAUUGCCAACUGUUGACUGAGAUCAGCGCUGUUGUGACCAAUCUCAGCGCCCCAUUACAACUUCACAGACAGAAACCCGCCUCUGUUGAUUUGGAGCUGGCUGAGUUUCAUAAUCUGCUCCCAACACUUGAAUUCUGGGCCCAGCAGCUCCACCUCAUGAAGGAGCUGCACCAAGGUUUAACUAAACUGAUCACCAGACUGCUACCCCAGCUGCUCCCCGAUGGUGGCCAUGAUUCUGCAGAAGCUGUGACGGUGGAGAACAUGAUAUUGCUGGUGGAUACCCUGCUGAAAAGCACCUCUCUUAAAGAUAAGGUAAAAAAAAUGCACUAGACUUUAGUUCGGUUUUCUGAGUGUCAUGUAAAUCUUAGUACGAGUGAAAUUGAACUAUUCUU